AUGACCUACCAGAAGGCACUCGAAGCAGUGUCAGGUCAGGAGAGCUCCAGCGACGAUCUCAAACGAUCUCCCGCGCCUGCGGCGGGAAGCAGUGAGGUGAACCAGGAGGUCACCAAAGAAGGAACGAGCUCGGAACGAGCAACGGAAACGGAUCUGACAACACAGAAGGAUGCAACAGUCCAGGAUAAGAAGGAGAACCUGGCUAAAACCGAUCCCAAAGAGCAGUCAAAGAUCACAUCGGACGAUCCCAAUGAACUCAGGUUAGAUGAUCUCACACUUGGCGACGAAACCGGAACUGAGGAUCUCUUCGAGAGCCCAAUGGCAUUUGAUGAGAUGUCUAACCGCGGGAACGAAGAAUCGUACAUCACUGACGAUGAGCCCAACUUCGAGCCUGAAAAGACGAGUCAAGAACUUGAAACUUCAUUGGAAGAAAAAGAGGCUCAGGUCAUCAAAAGGAAACAGGAGUAUCAGAACAAAUUGGGAUCGCUACAGACGCGCAUAUGUGAGCUGGAACAACAGCAGAGCGUACUCGAAAACACAGCUGAAGAAUGGAAAGUUCGAUACGAACGUCAGAAACAGAUCGCAGAGGAAUCGGUAAACGUUGCUGAUGACAGAGAGAUGGAAGGAUAUAUGGCAGUUAAUGAUCUCAAUGAGAGUCUAUCAGAGGAGUCUGCCGAAAGGUCACGUCACAUAGCUGAAUUGCAAGAUCAGUGUGAUGAACUGCGCAAGAAGGCAGAUGAAGCUGAGGAGAAACAGAACGAAUAUGCGACCAAAUUAGCUGAAGCGACCAAACGAUUGUCAGCUGUGAAUAAGGAGGUAUUCAAGCUUAGGAACGAUCUGAAGAUAAAAGAUGAGAAUAUCGAAACCCUCCAAAAGGAAUCAGGAGAUCAUCAGAAACGAGCUGAUGAUGCUCUCAAAGUGGCACAUGACCUGAGAGAUCUCCUAGCCACCGAAGGCGAGCGGCUAUGGGAAGAAGAAGCGGAUCGUUUGGAUGUGAAAAUCACAGCACUUGAAAUAAAAGAUAAAGAGCGACAACAAAAGAUCCGCGAGUUGACAGAUGAGAAUAUAAAGCUCAACACGGAGCUGAUCGAUAUGACACAGACAGCAAUGACCAGGGAAGAUGAAGUUACCCAAUCGAGAAAUCAACUGAGAUCGGAAGCUGAUGCGUAUGCUCAACUGGAACAGCAAAUGAACCAGAUGGGAGAACAAGUCAUCAAAGUGAGGGAUGAAAACAAGCAGCUGAACGAUCGAAACAUUAACCUGCAGAAUUAUGCCAAACAGUCCAGCACGAAAAGAGACGUGACUGAGACGCCCCCGCCCGGCUAUAGUAAGGCACAAGAAGCGGGCGGGAGCUUCCAUUUCGAGACGCCGCUGCGAACGGGCGGCGGCACAGGGGGCUUGAAAACGGAAAAAGAUGGGGAAACCUCCGAUAACAAGAAUCCGUCAGCGGUCAAGGACGAUGCAAAUCAAGAUGCACGUUCUCCCCGACACGAACACGAUGGAAGAUACUUCAGAGAAUACCGCAACGAACGAAAUGACAGAAACGAACGAAAUCAACGAAACAAUCGAGACGGAGAUCGCGAUACAAGGGAGUUCAACAGGUCCAUCAAGAACAUGGGCCGUAAAACUGAUCUCGCGACCUUCGACGGCAACCGCGAUGCGGUAAGCGGAUGGAUUCGACUGGUGAAAGAGACACAACGGACAUAUGAUAAGACUGAUGAUCAGGUGUUGAUUGACAUCGCCAGUGCUGUCAGAGGACCAGCAAAGAUCUGGUUCGACGGCGAAAGAGACAUCGAAGAGGCCGAAGAGGAGGUCUAUACGGCGAUCAUGAAAUUUAAAGCGAAGAAAGCCAUUACCGAACUACAAGCAGUUGCGUUCCUCAUCGAUGGAUGCAGAGUCGAUAACGACCUGUACAAGGCGCUGAAGACGAAGGGGUUCAGAACGCGGACGGAGAUAAAAGACUUCUUCCGAUCAUGGGCAGCCGGCGAGGAUAAGUAUAAAGUGGUAGAAGGUCAACGUAAUCAACCGGAUUACGUAACCAUCCGCUCGGGACAAGUUGAGAUGGCACAGAGACAAUAUGCAGCUACACCAUCUCAGGCGGAAUAUCAGACGAGAUCGCCAACUCCAACUCAUAAGGAGAUGACCUUCAUUGACAGCCAAACUGGGCAGCCCAUCUCAUACGCCAUGGUCGCCGCGAUACAAGCGCAGGCGCAGACAAGACCGGUGGCUCCGGCUAAUGUGAUGCCGAAUCCCCUGAAUGGAGGGGUGUUACCUCAACAAGGAAGGGCAAAUAACGGAAAUGGAAAUGGAAACUGGAACGGUGGCCAACGGAACGGCAACUUCAGCACAACGAAGGAACGAGCACAACAGAUCUCCGAUGACUCACUGGAUGAUGCACUUACGCUGCAGCGGAAGCAGAUCUGGCAAAAGAUCGAUCCGACGAAAACGAAUAACGAGGUAUCUGCAAAGGUAAUUGACUGGAUGGCCCAAAACGGAUAUGAGAUGGUCACAUAUAAGAGAUCACCAGAUCAGCUGAAAGACAGCGAAGAAGAUGAGCUAAAACAAGCUGACCAGAUCACAGAUGAGCUCAUUGAGCAUCUGCGUGAUAAACCAGACGAUGCGACGUUGCGUCAGACCAUCUCGGAGGUGAUCAAAGGUCACAUGGAAGUUGCGAAGGGGCAACUAAAUGAAGUCGAAAAGAUCGUCAGCGAUGCUAAAGCUGCAAAGGAAAAGGGGUGUGAGGAUCGAUCACCUGAGUUCGAUGCUGAAGAAAAACAGCACCUUAGCGAACGGGCAGGUGUCUUCUUCAGCAGUUGA